UAUGUCACAACGGGAAAUGUUUAAGAAACGAAAACAGCAGGAGAAGUGGAAGCACAGCAGAGACUACACAGUAGCUGGACACCAAUUGACACUGUGUGGGGAGGAUGUCUUCACCAAUAUUCUACAACCAAGACAGUUUUAUUCGCUUCAAGAAAAGAAAAGCUCGCUUCUCUUUCAGUGAAGUCCACAUACUGCUGGACGAAGUGAGGAAGCAUCGUAUGGUUGUUGUGGGCAAAUUCAAUCGUGGUGUACCAACAGACAUAAAGAAGCGCACAUGGGCAGAGAUUACUGCCCGUGUCAAUGAGAUCGGGGAGUGCCAACGUGAGAUCAUCGAGGUCAUCAAGAAAUGGUCCGAUCUAAAGUGUGACACGAAGCGGAAAGUGGGUGCCAUGCGGUCAGGGACAGUGCCCAACAGAGGCCUCAACUCUCGACUCUCCCGAGACCUUAAUCAGACGGAAAAAAUAGUGCUCCAGAUUCUGGAGAUGGACGAGGAAGACCAGAGCUCCGGAGACUUUGGCCCUCUGGGAGAUGACGAUGAUGUGCCAGAGGAGGAAGAAGAAAUGGAAGAGGAGGACAUUAUUGGAAUGCAGAGUUCUCCUAAUGGCGGGUUGGACGGGGCAUCUAUGCCCCCACCAAUGUCCUACACAAUGAAGGACUCUUCACAAACUGCCUAUGAUGUGCAGUAUGAGAUUCCUGCAACAGAAGAUGUUGACGCUGCAUUAGGAGACUCAGAUGACGACCAAAGGGAAGAUGUGCUUCCUUCCACAAAACCAACAGAGAUUCACCAAGGAAACAAUGGCAUCCAAAAACAAGGACAACCUCCGACGUCUUCCGGCCCAGCAGCAGCACCAACAACCCCUACGCUUCCACUGCCAGGUCAGCCCUCGCAGAACAUGAGCGACAACCUGCUACACAAUGCAUCGCUGAGCCUUGAAGAGCAGCAUGCCACCAACAUCCUGCUGGAGACGGUUUCACGCUCCCUGGAGCUUCUGUCCGAGUCGGUGCAGCAGCUGGCAGAGACUCAGCAGGAGUUUGUGCGCGAGUCGCUGCAGCUUCAGAGGGAGACGGUGCAGGUUCUCAGAGACUUUACAGGCGGAGCUAUUUCUCUUAUGCAUGACAAACUGAAUGGACGGCCAGCAUUAUAGCAAAAAAGUGUCAAACAGAGAUGUUGUUGUAUGACUACAUACAUGGCCUUCAGGUGCAGGAACACUUGAGUUCCUCUGGACUCCACCGCUGGUUGCUGUACUUUUUGAUAGUACUCAACAGGUUUUUUGUUGUAAGAUUUAAAAAUUGUAUUAUUAGAAACAUUUUAUUGAUGGAAUUACUGUCUGUGGGGUUACAUUGUACAUCGAUAAAGAAAGAAGAUUUUAGUUUCCCCUUUUGCUACUGAAUUUAGCAUUUUUUAUUAAGCCUACACCACAUUUAAAGCCUCGAUAUGCAAAGAUCUUUGAUUUUUGUUUUAUGUUCUUGGAUAAGUUGUAGUUGCAUCAAUGUCUGGAGAUGAUCACAUGAACUGUAAUGGUCAGUGGAUUUCCGCACCUGACCAUUAUAUGGUCUGUAUGUCUGAAAGCUAAACAAGGUGUUAGAUAUUUUGAAAUACAUGUAACUGAAUAAGUUGUCAUUGUCUGAUUUACUUUAUUUUACAUUCCAAACAUCAACACUUGAAUAUGAAAAAGUUUCAACAGGUUAAAUAAACCUCUGAUUUAUUGAAACAGAACAGAAGUAAUAUUCCUUCCUGUGACUAUAGAAAGUGCUCUAGUGGACAUAGUGAUCUGAAUGUGUUAAUCCAUCUCUGUUAAGAGCUGCACUCUCCCGUCUUCAAUGAUGGUGUAUUUCAAGUUAUCUUAAAUUAGAAAUGAUGAAGGAUGUCUUACAUAUGUACAAACAGAAAAUGUGUAAUACACAUUACAAAAAGACCGUACAGAAUAAAGCUUGAAAUAUAUUCAAAAUAUUUCCUCAGAAAAGACCAAAACCAACAUUGUAUUGAUACUAACAAGUAUUACCUCUGUAUCAAAAUCAUGAUGUAUCUUAUUCCUCUGUGCCGUAUAACUAUAUUAUCGUGCAAAAACUAUUAAGAAUCAGCAAGCCAUGUUAAAUUGAUAUAUCUUAGAGCACAGAAUGUAUUAAGCCGCUUCUGAAAAUAGUCCCUAACAAAUGUGCAAUCUCUCCUGUUUCAUUAACCUUUUCUGAUACCUACAGUGCCCACUUUAUUAAGGGAAAUACUGAGCCUUGUUUAAAAAAUAAAGUACUUGUAUAUA